CGCAGCAUGGUGUUUCUCGCUGGACCCUGCACCCACCGCUUCACCCCCGGGAGAUCUCAUCCCCUUCUCACCUCCGCCAGACCGCUCCUGCUGCUCCUCCUUCUGGCCGUCCUCUCCUCGUCCCCGGAGCCCUGUUUCCCGCACCCGCAGCCCUGCCACAUCCUGGCCCGGAUAGGACACACGGUGCGCCUCGGCGCGCUCCUACCGAGCCGCCAGCCGGCGCGGAUACAAAACGCGCUCAACCGCGCCCUGGCCGGCAUCCGCCACCAGAGCGGCGGAGCUGACUCCUCCACCACCGCAUCCCAGACACCUCCUCUGCUCCCUUACAACCUCAGUCUGGAGAUGGUGGCGCGAUCGCCCGCAGGAGGCGACCCGGAGUCGCUGUCCCAUAGCAUCUGCCAGGAGCUCGUGGUCAGAGGGGUGUCCGCCGUGCUGGCGUUCCCCCGCUCCACGGAGGAGCUGAUCCAGGUGGAGUUCCUCUCCUCCUUCCUGGAGAUUCCUUUUGUUUCAAUCUUAGAAGACACGGAGCCCCUCCGGACCAAGAACCGGUUCCACCUGCAGAUGUCGGCCCGCGUGCCUCCGUCGGCCCUGGGUAGCUUGCUGCUGUCAGUCCUGCGAGGAGAGGAGGGGGAGCGGGCCAGGGACAGCCAGGAGGAGGGGACAGGCUGGGGCGGAGCAGCCGUAGUCUGCCCUGGCUGGGAGGAGGGGGGCGAGGGCUUGCUGUCCCACCUGAAGACGCACAGCGGCCCCGCUUGGCGCCUGUGGGACAUCGUCAACUUCACCCACCCUGGUGUCGGCACUGUGGGGGGCGGGGAGAGGAGGGCGGAGGCCAGUGAGGAGAGGAGGGAGGAUCAGAGGGAAGAGGAGGCAGUGAGCAUCCUCUCUGCCCGUCUCCUGCGCUCCUCAGCUCCCGUCUCCUCGGUACUCCUCCUUGGCUCCGACCCCGAGUGUCUCUCCUCCGUCCUCCGAGCCGCCCAGCGUCUCGCUCCGUCGCUGCCUGCCCUGCAGUGGAUUAUGGGAUACCCUCUGUCUCCGGACUCACUGCACACUCUAGGAGGUCCCCUGGGCCUGUUGGCCUAUGGGGAGGUCGGCCGCAAGCCAAUCAGCUUCUACAUUCGGGAUGCAUUGCAGUUGAUUGGCCGGGCCGUCACAGCAGCCACCAUGGUGAGGCCAGAUCUGGCACUGAUCCAGAAUAUGGUGAAUUGUUACGACAAACCAAAUCGGCACGAGCUUCCCUCUUCCGGACAAUACUUGGCCAGAUUCCUCUCCAAUACUUCCUUCACCGGGGCCACAGGCUUUGUCCAAGUUGACGCCAACCUCUCCCGGGUCCUCUCCUCACAGCUGUUCCACGUCUGGAGUUUAAAACGCGGUGCUCUGGGCCAGCCGGCCUGGGUGACGGUGGGCCAGUGGACGCGGGGCAGACUUGACCUGGAGGGGGGCGUCCUGGGUCUGGGCGGGGGGCUGUGGUUCGGGGGCAGCCUGGGACACGGCCAGGGGGCGGGGGUGAGGGGAGGAGACGGCCAGGGGGAUGGUGGUUCAGGAGGACGCUGGAGGCCGGGGCUGUCCUUGGAGGGACACCGUCUGAGGGUGGUGACAUUGGUGGAGCACCCGUUUGUCUUUACGCGCGAGGUGGACGAGGAGGGUCUUUGUCCGGCCGGUCAGUUGUGUCUGGAUCCCCGAACCAACCGCUCCGAUGUCCUCCAGAACCUCUUCAACCAGCUACACAGCCCCAACACCACAGCGGCAGACUGGGAGGGGGAUGACCUCCCGGAGGAUUUGAGGAAGUGUUGCUAUGGUUAUUGCAUUGACCUACUGGAGAAGCUGGCGGAGGACAUGGGCUUCGCCUUCGACCUCUACAUAGUUGGGGAUGGGAAGUACGGGGCGCUGAGCGGGUCGGGACGCUGGACGGGGCUGGUGGGGGAUCUGCUGAGCGGAACCGCUGACAUGGCCGUCACCUCGUUCUCCAUCAACUCCGCCAGGAGCAGAGUCAUCGAUUUCACCUCGCCCUUCUACUCCACCAGCCUGGGCAUUCUGGUGCGUAGCCACGACACGGCGGCCCCCAUCGGAGCCUUCAUGUGGCCCCUCCACUGGUCCAUGUGGGUAGGGAUCUUUGUCACGCUGCACCUCACCGCGCUCUUCCUCACCCUUUAUGAAUGGAACAGCCCCUUCGGCAUGACCCCGCACGGCAGGAACAGGCUCCGCGUCUUCUCCUAUUCCUCCGCCCUGAAUCUCUGCUACGCCAUACUGUUCGGACGCACAGUCGCCACAAAGACACCGAAGUGUUGGACAGGACGUUUCCUAAUGAACCUCUGGGCCAUCUUCUGUCUGCUGGUGUUGUCCAGCUACACUGCCAACCUCGCAGCUGUCAUGGUGGGGGAGAAGACCUUCGAGCAGGUCUCAGGGAUUCACGACGACAAGCUGCACCACCCUUCCCUGGGCUUCCGGUUCGGGACGGUGAGGGAGAGCAGUGCCGAAGACUACAUGAAAAAGAGUUUUCCGGAGAUGCACGACUACAUGAGACGCUUCAACCAGCCCACCACCCCCGAAGGCGUGCACAUGUUAAAGACAGAUCCUCCUGCCCUAGAUGCCUUCAUCAUGGAUAAAGCCCUGCUAGACUUUGAAGUAUCCAUCGACGCAGAAUGCAAACUGCUCACAGUUGGGAAGCCAUUUGCCAUAGAAGACUCCCACUCCCAAGUCCCCCCACCGAUCGCUGAACAACUCGUUCGACCGGAGACCAACCGCCACUCUUCCACUGUGUGA